AGGAGAAGCAGAGUUCAUACCACAAUGCACAUCGCUCCUUUCCGAUCUCUAUCGAAGCUAAAUCCGGUGACAUUUCAGUGACUUGUGAUUGUGAAGGCAAGAUGAGCAACACUAAGCUACUUUCUUUGAAGGAUAUCCACAGCCAGAUGAGACACAGCAUAUUGCUAUCAAUGACUCCUGGCGAGGACGGUGCAGAAUUCUCAGUCAUUUACGUGACGAUAUCACAGGUUGGAAGACUAGGCAGAAUGUCUCAAUCGUUGGCGUUCGUCAUCAGAUACACAGAUGACUCAAUAUGCCAAGUAUCUAUUGAGCCCUCUUCAUUUAUUCGGGCUGUGGAAGAGCUCUCCGGCAGUGACCUUCCCGACAUUGAUGUUAUCACGAUAGCUCAGAUGAUGACGGUGAGCCAGUACUAUGAUUUGGGAGUGGCUCUUGGUUUCACCAUACAACAGUUGGAUGUCAUAGAGUAUAGGAGGUUCCGUAACAGAGAGCAGGCCACCUAUGACAUGCUGGUAACAUGGAGAAAAAGACAGACCUCCGGCCAAGAAGCGAAGGAAACGUUUCUCUCGCUCAUGAAAUCUUUGGUCUCGCCAGCCAAACAGACAGAGAUUUCAGCUACAACUGGUGAGAUUCCCGACAAGAUGCUGCUUGCGUUUGCCAGUCAGAUCAAGGCAGAACAGUUCUUUGAGAUUGGCAGGAAGUUGGAAUUCAACCGCACGGAGCUAGAACACAUACAGCAUCGAACGUUUGCAAACAGAAAGGAUGCCAACAUCCAGAUGCUGUCUAGUUGGAAAGCAUCCCAAACUUCGGAACCAGAAGCUAUAGAGGUGAUGAAACGUGUUUGGGAGUCCAUCCAAACAGCAUCAAAAUCAGAGAAAUCCGAAGUUGUAGAUGAGAGAAGUUUGCCUGAAAAGAAGCAGACCAUAACCAAACCUAUGAGGAGACUUCCACCAAGCAAAGGAAUGGAUGCGGACUAUGUGGAAAUCAUCAGGACUACAGAUUCAGGCAAGUAA